AUGUUCAUUACGCACUGGGAAUAUGCAGCCGUUGCGUGCGCCAUUUGCCUCGUGUUUUAUAAAUUUGUCGAAUUCAGAGGAGCAACAAAAGAAUGGGGCACUGGGAUGCAUGCAUUUCAGCUGUCAACCGCGCAGCGAGCGUUGAUAAAAGUGGAUGAUGCGGAACUAGAUGAUCCAAAAAUUUUCAGGCCACAGUUGCUGCUUCUCUUUCAUUUAAAAAAAGGUGACUCGGAAACGGAGGCUCGCGGUAAACGGUUACUACAUUUAGCAUCACAACUCAAAGCCGGCCAAGGUCUUUGCGUUCUUGUUGCCUUCCUGUGUGGCAAUCCGCUCGAUAAAGACGAUCGUCAAAGAGCUGAUGAGAUUCGAAAACGAUUAAAGUUUGACAUGAAAGAGGCGAAACUUCGUGGAUUCGCUAAAACUGUUGUGCAUGGCAGGAGCCAGGUAACUUUCAAAUUGAAGAAAUGA